CUGUUUUUAUGUGCGCAACUUCCGGUGGUGCUGUUCAAGUAAAUACGUUGAACGAUUUUGUCUUUAACUACGUCUUUAUCGAAAUGCUGCUGUUUUGUCCGACAUGUGGGAACGUUUUAGUCGUCGAAGAAGGACAAAGAUGCAUGAGAUUCGCCUGUAACACCUGUCCUUACGUACACAACGUCACAAGAAAGGUAAACAACCGAAAGUAUCCCAAGUUGAAAGAGGUGGAUGAUGUUCUUGGUGGAGCUGCAGCAUGGGAAAACGUGGACUCAACUCCAGAAACUUGUCCAAAGUGCGAGCAUCCUCGGGCGUAUUUCAUGCAGAUUCAGACCAGAUCGGCUGACGAACCAAUGACUACUUUCUACAAAUGCUGUAAUGCCCAGUGUGGACAUCGAUGGAGAGAUUAAAGAUUUUCAUUAGUAUUUAUUUAAAAUGUUCAGAUGAUUUUUCAGUCAUCUGAUUUUUUUCCCCCCUCUUAAGAAUUUCGUAUUCACACAAAACCUUCAUUAUCCUGGUAUCACAUAAUUUGCAGAUCAUUUCAAAACGUGUUUCCUUCAUGAAUUUUAUUGAUAAAAUAGUACCUGUGUACAACAGCCAAAUAAAUCACCUUACAUAGUUGUACAUCAUCCCACAUUUAAAGCAGCGCAGACCAGCAGUUUACAUGACAUUUUGAGGCAAUCCAUCUCAUUUAUUUCUUUUUUUUAAUUCACAGACUUAAUUUAAAUCCUGAAAAUAAAAACAUUUUUUGUGUCA